CACACACACACACAUACACACACACUCUCCCCCACACACUCUCUGACACACACUCACACAUGUUCACACACACACAUACACUCCCCCACACACUCUCACACACUAACACUUACACACACUCACACGCAUACACACUCUCCCACACACACUCCCUGACACACACUCAAACACACUCACACACACAUACACACACACUCUCCCCCCCACACUCUCACUUACAGACUCACACACACUGACACACACACUCACACACUCAGUUUCUUGACCGCGAAAGUGCUGCGCGGUUCCACCCGCCGCCGGUCUCUGAAGCGGAGACGCACACAGAGCGCGAAGGCGUCUGCCGGGGGAGGUUUGGGGCAGGAGAGCGGAAAACGGGCACGACCCGAGCAGCAGCCGUGGGGCGUACAGGAGCACAGGACCAUGGCCCGCUGCUGAGGGACCUGCUGUCCAGUGGGGCGUGACACAGGGGGCGGAGGAGCACGUUACAGCCUCAAUGUACUCAGAGAUCCAGAGGGAGCGGGCGGACAUUGGGGGCCUGAUGGCCCGGCCAGAGUACAGAGAGUGGAAUCCAGAGCUCAUCAAGCCCAAGAAGCUAAUAAACCCCGUGAAGGCCUCCCGGAGUCACCAGGAGCUGCACCGGGAGCUGCUCAUGAACCACAGAAGAGGCCUUGGCGUGGACAGCAAGCCGGAGCUGCAGCGUGUCCUGGAACACCGCCGUCGCAACCAGCUCAUCAAGAAGAAGAAGGAGGAGUUGGAGGCCAAGCGGCUGCAAUGCCCCUUCGAGCAGGAGCUGCUGAGACGGCAGCAGAGGCUGAACCAGCUGGAAAAACAGCCAGAAAAGGAAGAGGACCAUGCCCCAGAGUUUAUUAAAGUCAGGGAAAACCUGCGGAGAAUUGCCACGCUGACAAGUGAAGAGAGAGCACUGUAGAGCUGGCUGCUGGGGCUCUGGCCCCCGCCACCCACCCCUGCCCAGACACUCUCCUCCAGCCCUUCCAUACCUGGCAGCCCUGGACCCCAAGCCUUGAGACAUCCAUGCUGUUCACACCUGCUCAAUAGAAAUGUGUCAUCCCAGAGGGCCUGGAAAUCCCUGGGAAGCUGGGGGCCCCUAAGCUUCUAGGCUUUUCCUUCUCAGCGCCCACCCCUCCUGCUCUAAGAGGAAGCCACUGCAGGGAAAACUUUCACAAAGGACCCCCUCCCUAGAGGGGAUUCUCAGCCCUGCAGACAAGAUUUUUCUGGCAGAAUUGGGAAGGAGAGACAGGUGGCCCUCUAGCCUGACAAGCCCUCCAUUCUGCCAGGCAGUCCCAAUAGGACCCUCUGAGGCCCCAUGGGGCCCUGCUUCUAGCGUAGCUCAGCUCCUAGGUCUCAGAGAGCUCCCCUGCCAAUGAUUUUACCUGCAGCCUGGUGUGGGGCAGCUAAGCAGAGCUUAGCUUCAAGGACACCUGCCUUAAAAGCCACCAGGGGAGAAAGGCUCACGGGCAGCUGUCUGCAGUGAGGAAGGGCAGGGAAGUCCUCGGCACCUUGUGGCUCAAAUCCCAGCCCUUCACAGGCAGGAGGGGACUAACACAGACAGCUUUUAGGGUUUGCCAGGCUUCCCCCCACACCCAUGCUUUUAUUUUCUCCUCUCCAUAGCCCUCCCUGUCCAGUCCUUGAAACCAUACCUAUCCGGGGCUGCAACAUUCCUGCUCCCAGAAGUCUAGAACAGCACUUCACAAACUUUUCUGUGCAUACAAGUCACGUUAAAAUACAGCUUUUGACUCAGUAGAUCUGGGGUGGGGUCGAGAAUCUGCAUUUCUAACAAGCUCCCAGGUGUGGCUGAGGCUGCUGGUGUGAGCAGCUGGUGUGGUGUACCCAGGGGUGGUAAACAUUGGAAAUAUUAUUCCCGAAGCCAUCACUGCCCCCUCUAACUUCCACGGACCUCUGCCCUGGGGGUUCCCAACCCCACAAACUCACCUGGCCCCACCCCACCUCUGCAGCCCCCAGGACUCUUCAUUCAUUGCCUACCCCAGCCCACCCUAGGGAUACUCCCCCAGGGAGACUUUGACCUAGCAAAUUGUGUUGGUCAUGUGAUUGUUGUUUUUACUAGAAAUGUAUAAAUUGCCAAUCUGUAUUUCUUACUGGUGUGACCACACUGUUAUGAUGUAAUUCUAGUCAAAAAAAAAAAAAAAUGUUUCUUGCCUUUUUCUACAGCCUUAUGGAAAGCAAAUAUACGAUGAUUUCCAGUCAGCUUCUGGAAAUACGAACACAGUGGUUUGAAGAGCCCACUGCACCUGUAUGUCCCUUUGAGUCCACAUUUCCAGCCUGUGUCUCUUGAGACCCAGCCCCUACCUGGGCCAGCUCCAGUGAAUCCACCCAUUUUUUUUCCCCAAAAAUUCCCUUCCUGUGCAAGACCCAAUAUUUUAACCUUUUCUCCUAUCCCAUUUUUAAAGAUUUAGAGAAUAAACCAGGCCUGUUUCUUUUCCCCCAAAGAAUAAAAUCCCUGCCUCUGGCUUUAUAAACCUAUCUCUGAAGGUGACGGAGCAGUGCUGGGAAAGCAUCUCCUUUCACUCCCCCAAAACUUCCAGAAAGAGCUGCCACGGGAAGCAAAGGUGGGACUGACAGGAGGAAAGGGAUUGUCCUGGUCUUACGCCUCACUGGGUGGUUUGAGGGCGACUGAUGACAUUGUCCUUUUCCUGUGUGUGUGCCAGCAUAGGGGUGGAAAUAUAGACAUGCUACUUGUGUGUGUGUGCAUAAGUUGAGCUGUAAAAGGCUCCUGAAUGUGACCAUCUUGGUGAUGAUGUGGUAAUACUGUUUGAAAUGUCUGCCAGGUGAGGGGUAUGCUAAAGAUGCACAACCCCUAGAUAAAGACCACCACUUCUCCAAAGAAGUCGCCCUCAGGGGUCAAUGUGUUGUUCUGACAUAUGAAGAGAAGCAAGACAGUGUCCUGGAUGGAGUAGAACCAUCCAAGGGAAUGCUUGGGGUUUCACCCAGUGGUCCCCAGAGGUGCUCCAUAGAGGCAUUGAGUCAUGGAGAUGAAGCCCCAGAAGUAGAAGGGACCUCAAGCACCAGGGGAGCUGUGGCAGACACCCAUGGUUCACUCUCCAGUGGUCAGACCCAACUCUUAUCACUCUAGCCACCUCCCAGUGUAGUGGCUAUAAAUCCAGAUACUCACUGUUCCAGCCUCCUUUGCAGCUUGGGGUGACCAUGUGACCAGGUAUGACCAGUGAAAUUACAAAGGAAGCCAACAAGAGCUUCUGGGAAAGCUUAUGCUUUUCUGAUAAAGGAGACAGGCAUGCUUAACACCUCCCUGCCCCUCACUUCUUCCUGCCUUGAUUGAGGAUGUGAUGGCUGGAGCCACAGCAGCCAUCUGGCUGUCAUGAGGAAAAGGCCAAGACAGUUACAGAGAUAUCAACUCUGUCAACAUUUGACUAAGCCAAUGCCAGCAGCCAUACUUCUCCAGAAUUCCUGUAAAUAAAAAUAAACUUGUUUAAGCCACUGUUGGUCAGCCUUUGUUACUUGCAACCAAAAGCAUUCCCAACUGACAUAGAUGGCCAGCCCCAUCUGCCCAGAAUUACAUGCUAAAAACCCAGAUUCCUCUUUCCCAUCAGAAACCUAUUAGAUGAGGAUCCCCAGCUGCAGUGCCUAGGAUCUGUCUUACUACACCCUCUCCAUAUAGCCUACCUGGCACAAGACUGAGAACUGGCACUUGGGCAUCACUAAUUCACACAUUAUUCAACAAGUAUUUGUUGAGUGCCUGCUCUGUGCCAUGAAGGAUGCCAUGGGCUGGGGCACCAUGGACAAGAAAACAGAUGAAGUGCUGGCCCUUUGUGUGAGCCAUCACAGCAGCCUCCUCUAACAGGUCCCCCUGCUACUGCCUUGCCCCUACACCCUGUCUUCAGCAUAGCCGCCAAAAUGGUAGUUACCAUCUAAGGCAGAUCCUGUCACUCAGCACAGAGCCCUCUGCUGGCUCCCAGUGGAGUCCUUCCUGUGAUCUAUAAGGUCCUGUGUGUCAGCUGCCUCCUACCCUCUGACUCCUUCCCUCCGCUCUACCCCUUGAUCACACUCAGGCACGCCCACCUGCCAUUCUUGGACCAGGAGUGGUCUUCCCUCAGAGAGCUGCCCAGCCACACCAUUUCAGGUCACUUUCUUCAGGUCUCUGGCCACCCUAUCUAAACUCUCAACAUCUACACUCUUCCCAUCCCUGCCUUAUUUUUCCUCCUUACCAUGUAUUACCAUCGAACAUACAUAUACAUAUUUUACUUAUCUUGUGUGUCUCUCCUAAUUAUGUCAGUGUAGAGGAUUCAUAAAGCAAAUGUAUCUCACAGGGCCUGGUUUUCCAAAGCCUUGCAGUUUCAAAUAUUGACACUUGCAAAGGACAGGAAAUUUUCCCCAGGCUAUUGAGUCUCUCUUGCAAAAUAAGAAUUGUAACACAGUAAGGCUGCUGGUUCUAAGACAGACAAGUUACUAAUUGAUAUGUAAAGUUACUAAAAAGCUGCUAAAGGGAAAAGGAAUGUUUGCUAAAUCAAGCCUUUGUUAGUGGAUCACUUAAUUGCCUAACAGAAUGUCGUCUGACUUGUUUUUACUGAAUGUUACAGCUUCUAUUGUAAAACUUGUUAAACUGUACUUAGCAAAACCCCACCUAUGUCUCUUCCUGUAACUUCUUGGUCUGGAGAAUAAAUGCAGGAGGAGAACCCCAAUUUGUGGUUAAUUUCCCAAAUGGAAGAAAUGACUCGUGCUUGAGGAAGUUUUGGGAUAUUAAUCCCUUUCUGGGGCUUCUCACUGCUCAAAACA